GAUCUCAUCCCUCAUUGUGCUCGAUUCUUGGAAUCCGAGAGCUAUUGUUCCGUAAUAGGAACACCCAUCCCCACACCAUAAUGGACAACUCGGUGUCACUUGGUGGCUCUUCGGCCAGACCGGGGGGCGCCUGCGAGCGGUGUCGGCGACUCAAGAUCAAGUGCGAACGCGGUGGUGAUAAACACCCCUGCUUGUCUUGUAGAGAGCGUGACUGCGAGUGCCUUCCAGCAACCAAUAAAGCCAGGCACAGGAUAUCUACAAGAGGUAGAUCUAACCAUCUCACCUCGAUGGAAGCGCGAAUCGCACGUAUAGAAUCGGUGCUCGGUAACCACCCCCUAGACGUGGAGACACAAUCAAGAGCGCAAUCACUAGCGAAUACAAUCAAGGAGCAAGCGAGCUUGGACGGAAUGAGCUCUCUCAGACUAUUCGACGAUGAUGGCGAGACUCAUUUCAUAGGUCCGUGGGCUCGAGCUCAGGCCUAACAAUCUUCUCCCCGGCGGGGCUUGAAUGGAUUUCCGCUCGCGUUGAGUCCCCCAAGAGGGAGAGAUUGAUGGCGCUAUUUCAAUUCUUUCACUCGACCCCCUUUUUA